GCCCCGCUCCGCUCCGCUCCCAUCGACGGAGGCGGCGGCGCGGGCGGAUCCGUCACCUCCUCGGGAGCGGCCCGCAGGUGCGCUCUGCCCGCCGGUCCCGGCAGCUCCGCCUCGGGGGGUUCGGGCGGCGGAGCGCUGCGGCGGCGGCCCCACCUGUGGCUGCGGGAUGGCGGAGCUCCCCCUCAGCCCCGCCGCCGUGCUGGGCUUCCUGCGGGAGCGCGGCGGGUGGGCGAGCAACGCAGAGCUGGUGGGUGCCUUCCGGCCGCUGCUGGAGGCCGGCGGGGACGCUCCGGAGCGGGCGGAGCGGCGGGAGCGCUUCAAGGAGGCGGUGAACGCCGUGGCGGUGGUGAAGGAGCGGCAGGGCACCAAGUUCGUCGUGCUGCGGAGGCACCUGCGGCCCGGCCCGCCCCCGGAACAGCGCGGGGAUGGAGGUUCCGAGCCCCCAUCCGAAGGGCGGCUGUCCCCGCCGCCCCCCGAGGAGCUGCCGUCGCCUCGGGCCGUGUCGGAGCUCCGCGGGAUCUUCCAGGCUGGAGGCGGCGGGGUGCCGCUGCCCGCCGGCGGGGCCAAUGCCCGCAGAGAGCCGCUCCCCAAGCCCUGCAUGCUGCCGGUGCGCUGCGUGCCGACCCCGACUGCCCCCAACUCCGCUACGGCCCGGGGGCCGUUCGAGGAGCCGGAGACCACUCCAUCGCCCUUACCCGAGGAGGAGGACGGCGGGUGCCACUCACCCAGCCUGCGCCGGGCCCCCAAGAACCACCGGGCCAGCGAGGAGCUGACGGAAGUGCCGCUGGAGGAGGCUGAGCACCGCUGGCUGCUGAUGGUGGCAGAAGGGCAGUGGUCCCAGCAGCUCCACGGGCUGCUGUUGGGUGACGCCAGCCUGGCGGCCCGGAGGGACUUCAUCUCGGGCUUCACCGCCCUGCACUGGGCUGCUAAGAAUGGCAACUGUGACAUGGUGAGGAACAUCAUCGAUGUAGCAGAGAAGGAAGGGGCCCACGUCAAUGUGGAUGCCAGGUCGCAUGGCGGCUACACGGCUCUGCACCUCGCCGCCAUGCAUGGCAGGGACACUGUCAUCUCCAUGCUGGUCCACAGCUACCAUGCCAAGAUCGACCUGAGGGACUACAGCGGGAAGAAGCCACACCAAUACUUGAAAGAUGGGACCUCUGUGGCAGUCAGGCGCUUACUGGGAGACCCCACAAUCCAACACUCCACAGGACACACGGUGCCCAUCAAGAAGAGCACCAAGAUCGCUGCGUCCAUCCUGAGCUCCACCAGCACUUUCCUGGGGGUCAUAUCCGAUGACAUGGCUUUCUACGAUCUCACCAAAGGUUUGAGGAAGCCUUCGUCCUUGAACAAGCUGCUGACUGCUACCACAGGCCCCAGGAGGAAGCCGAAAACCAGAGGGGGAUUCCCUUCGUACUGCUCGCUCUCCGAGGUGGUGGAGGAGGAGGAGCACGAGGAGGCUGUUGUGAAGCGCAGGCCAGUUUCUGAGCUGUUCUUUGGCCAUUAGGCUCUGCCUUCCUGGGGUCAGGAUCGUUCAGUAGCAUGACCGGGGGAGCUUGGUUUUCUCUUACAGAAGUAAAUUGGAUUUCUUCUCCCUGUGUCUUUCUUCUGGGAAGUUUAACUGAAUGGGUGAUGGGGUCUGGCUCCACAGGUCUCUGGAUGAAGCCCAGCUCUCAGAAGCCUGAGGAGAGGGAGCUGCCCUAUGAGCACUGCAGUGCCAUAGAUACCAGCACACCAAUGAAGGCCACAAACAACACUUCAUGGCUGAAAAGUUGGAACAACCUUUCUGUGUGUAGACAGCCUAUAAAUGCUUAAGGUACAGCUUCUCGUUCUGUGCUCCUCAGCUGAAGAGCUGCAUGUUUUACACUGUGAACAGCACACUGGUAGCUGGCUGCUUUAACGUGGCUUGUUCUACAGCAGGCUGAAAUUAUUAGGAGAAAGAUGCAUAGUUUUCUAUGAUGAUUCUGAUUGUUUUGGUAACAGAAGAGGAAUAUUUCUAUUUUAAAAUUUGCAUUUAGUUUUUUUCAAAACAAUUUCUCAGUAUCAGAAAUACUAAUACACGUCUUCACUGUUGCCCAAAGCAUUUUCCUUGACGAGGUUAAAAAGCAAAAAGGAAAGAACCCAACCCAACACUUGUUGCUCUGUCUCCACCAUCUGUCUACCUCAGCUGGAAGCUCAGUUUGCAUUUCUCCUUGUGUUCCCUUCCCAGAGGACUUUGCCCAGGUGGUACCGACUGUGCCUCGAUACUGCGAGCAUUUGGCUGUAGUUCAAUCACUUCAUCUGAAUGAACACAUUUCUGAUAUGGGAUGGUAUAAUAAAGUGAAGCGAGGAAGUGGGAAUCGGAUCCUGCAGGGUAUCUGAGCAGCAGUGAGGCUGCUACGGCAGAUUCUUUUAUUUAAAAUCUGAGUUUUGGUUUUGAGCUAUUUGGAAAGAGUAUUUAUUUAAAAAACAGGCUUUGUGCUGUUGGGUGUUUCAUGGCAGAAUGUGUGCACGGCCUCUGAAAGCAGCGUGUAUCUCAACAGCAUGAGUUGUUGAUCUAAGACUCCCUUUACUUUUGCUUCUGUAUUAUAGACGUAGCUGUUUUUCCUGAGUAGAUCUGUAUGCACUGCUUACUGCUGCUGUGCUGCUUGGAGCUACGUUUGCAGUGAGAUUGUUUUUAAAAUUACUCAUAUAAAGCUGCCUUGAAAUGAGGAGGCAGAGCUAAGAGCAGCAGCUGCCUGCUGUGCUUCUGUGCUCACAACACAACCGCAGAGCUGUGUGAUCAGAGGUGACAGCAGCUCUGCGCGUGCUCUGCUCUCAGCCCCACUCAGGUGUUUUGGUUUCCCUGCAACACUUGUUUGCAUGCCUCGCCUUUUUUUUCCAAGCCGGCGACUUCAGGAAUGUGUCUUUCAGCCUUGAAUUAAGCUCAGUGCCGUAGGACCACAUUGAAGGUGACUCCAUCUCCUUCGUGCCCCUGCCCCGAUGUGCUGCUGCCUGCAGGAGGGGCUGAGCUGCUGCUCUCACAGACAGGGAUUCAUUUUUUGUCACUCUGCUUCUGUGUCGAACUAAUUAACUCAUUAAGAGAAUGUUAAUGAUCGAGCACCUUGUGACUUAUCCAUCUAGAGAUGGUUUAAAAACAAUAAUAAUGAUCCUAUUUGCUCCGUAUCUGUUGGUGUGACUGCUGACCAGCGUGGUCAUUUGAAGCCUUGAUUUGUGUUUCAGCGUUGGCUCUUGGGGCUGCAGGAAAAUGUCUGUCGCUCCAUUCUGAUGCUUUAGUGACAUUAAACGCUUUUUUUUUGCUGUAGCUCUUGAAA